GUAGCGCAUAAACAUACUUCAACCAAGAAAUAAUAAUAAAAGAAACAAUUUAGCUUAAUUUUAUGUGAGAAAGAAUUGGUGCAAAACGAAAAGCGCAAUAACGGCACUUUGUACUUGUCUACAUUCCAAUAGACAUUGUUUUAGGCAUUUAUCAUGUUUCGCAGCGGCAACAGCCUGGAAAGCAGUAUACCGAUGGACAAUAUGGCACCCUUCCAUGGUAUUGGCGGUCUUAAUAUGUACUUGGACACGGCGUCGCAGAACGUCUCGCCACCUGUUUCAUCGGCAACUCUGAGUCCACCUACGACCCCAUUGACACCGGAACCUACGAUGUCCUCGACUCAGUUUCCCCUGCUGACGGACAGCAACCAAGUAAAUAUGAACGUCUCUGCAGCCAGCACACUGUUCUUGCAACGCCAGUACCAAUAUCACUURCUGCUGCAACAGCAGCAGCAGCAGCUGGCUUUGGCGAAACAUCAGUUAGCUUUGGCUGCGUCUGCGGCCGCUGCGAAUCACCAGCAAAAGGAUGAGAUAGCACAUUCAUUAAAAAUGUUUGCUCUGCUAACGGCCUGCAAUACAGAUAACAACAGUACAUCUACCCAAGAUGCAAUGCAGGAGUUUGCAUCCAAUGGAUACGUGAGCGAUGAGCUUAAUUGCUUUCAGUACAACAAUCAAAAUGCAGUCACACCGCAGUCGUCGCCUCUGCCACGACAAUAUCCAGCUGGUAACUCGACGGCUUCGGCGACGGCUGCGGUAUCCUUUGUGCCGCCCACACUAGCUGCUGCCCAUUGGCUUAAUUUCAACAAUUACCGCGAGCAUCUGAACAACGUGUGGCGCAGCAUGUCCUACGUGCCGAACUUGGCAACCACUACAGGAGUUUCUAUGGGCACUCAAAAGAACGUCAACGUUGGACAGCCAAUGCCCCCGGAUCAAGUACGCAAUAUCAGCAAUGUGAACGUGGCGAGUACUAACAAACUACAUAAGCGCUAUAAUAAUGGCAAGACCAAGGAAUUGGUGCCCAGGCACUGUGUUUUCUGUGAAAACAACAAUGAACCGGAAGCUGUGGUCAACAGCCAUUCGGUGCGUGACUCCUACGGACGAGUGCUGUGCCCCAAGCUGCGCACCUAUGUAUGCCCCAUUUGUGGGGCAUCCGGCGACUCGGCGCACACCAUCAAGUACUGUCCUAAGAAACCCAUUGUCACAAUGGAGGAUGCCAUUAAGGCCGAGUCGUUUCGACUUGCCAAAAGCAAUUACUACAAGCAGCAAAUGAAGGUUUAAUUGUGGGAGAAGCUCUGGUAGUUUUUUCAUACG